CUUAAUCACCGAACCCAACAUAAACAUCGCCGAUCCCGAUCCUCUCGUCCCCUUCUUCCUCUCGUUCUCUCCCUCACGGUUUUCCCUUGUCCCGAUUGCCACGACUUCAUUUCCGGCGAUUACCGGCCGUAGGACGUGGGCUACCACAGGAGAUCGCUUGCUUCUCGCGUGGACAACCGAUCACCUCUCCUCUCUGCUCGACGGUCUCUUUUCCGACAUCGGCGCCACCAGGGGAGCGGAUCGUUGGCGGCUGUGCACCUCCUUCCACCGUCGUUCACCAAAUCUUGGAGGUGAUUGGUUGUAUUCGACGCCACUGGACUGAUUCGGCUCCAACUCCAAAACAAAAGAUAAUACCGACCCUGAAGAUCAUACCGACCCUUCGCCAUUUUUGCUCAGGCACCCAAAGCGCCGUUCGCCGUUCUCCUUAGAGGACUUCCGUGCUCUCCUCCUCACGAUGCAGAGGACUUCCGUGCUCAACACGGAGACGGCAUCGACGUCGAAUACGAUGCUUCAGGCCCCGGAUGCCGGUGGGGCCUCCCCCUGCGAGGAGGAUGCCGCACUCUCGAAGCGCGUCGCUGACCGCUACCUCAAGCGCGAGGUGCUAGGGGAAGGCACAUACGGGGUGGUCUUCAAGGCCAUCGAUACCAAGACUGGUCAAACAGUUGCAAUUAAGAAGAUUCGUCUAGGAAAGUAUAAGGAAGGUGUAAACUUCACUGCACUUAGGGAGAUUAAAUUGCUUAAAGAGAUUAAAGAUCCUAAUAUCAUUGAGUUAAUUGAUGCUUUCCCUCACAAGGGUAACUUGCACCUUGUAUUUGAGUUCAUGGAGAGCGACUUGGAAGCUGUUAUCCGUGAUAGAAACAUUGUCCUGUCUCCAGCUGACAUAAAAUCAUAUCUUCAGAUGAUACUAAAAGGACUUGCCUGCUGCCAUAGAAAAUGGGUCGUGCACAGGGAUAUGAAACCCAACAACCUACUUAUUGCUUCUGAUGGACAGCUUAAACUUGCAGACUUUGGUCUAGCACGCACUUUUGGAAGUCCAGACCGCAGGCUCACUCACCAGGUUUUUGCUCGUUGGUAUAGAGCACCUGAGCUGUUGUAUGGGGCCAAACAAUAUGGAUCAGGGGUAGAUGUGUGGGCUGCAGGUUGUAUAUUUGCUGAACUGCUCCUUAGGCGACCUUUCAUGCAGGGAACAAGUGAUAUUGAUCAGCUUGGAAAGAUAUUUGCAGCUUUUGGGACUCCAAAGCCAUCUCAAUGGGCAGAUAUGGUUUAUCUUCCAGAUUAUGUCGAAUACCAGUACGUCCCUGCACCACCAUUGAGGACACUUUUUCCCAUGGCUAGUGAUGAUGCCUUGGAUUUGUUGGCAAAGAUGUUCACUUAUGAUCCAAAGGCAAGAAUAACAGCACAACAGGCGUUGGAGCACAGGUACUUUGCAUCAGUACCUGCGCCCACAAGGCCAUCUUUGCUUCCAAGGCCUCCCCCAAAGGGAGAUUCACAAACUCACAAGACUUCAGAGUUCAAUUCGCAGGAUGGCCCCAUUGUCUUAUCUCCCCAACGGAAGAUGAGGAGGAUCACUGUCAAUCACGAUGGAUUGGAGGGGACUGUAUACCAGCUAGAUAAGGCUAGCGAACAUGCUAAGGAAGCUAGACAUAUGGACGGAAUCAGUGGUCAGAGUGAAAGUAUGCCCAUGUCGAUAGAUGCAGGAGUUCUUUUUGGUUCUCGCCAACCUCCCAGGCCCACUUUGAACAGUGCUGAUAGGACACAUUUAAAGAGAAAACUAGAUCUGGAACCUGAAUUCAAUUACAAUGAGCGGGAGUAGAAGAUAGAUUGGUCUUUUCACUCAAAAAAAAGUAUGUGAUUCAAUCAACCUUUACACGUAUCAAGAUCAUACUUUCAGGAUGCGGGAUACUGAAGCUCAUUUGCAGAAUUACAAGAGCAAUGGAGCAACAUGAUUAAGUCUAAAAGAUGUUGGAAAUAUUCUCGUGAUACCAUCAAUUUACAAUAAUGGGGCCCUUCAGAUCAUUUUAAUCACGUAAACAAAGAUAAAGUCCUUCGUGCAUGAUUGAACUUUGUAAUCUUAAACUAUAUAUUUUUUUACCGUGUGAUAAAACCGCAGGUUGUUUGUGGAGCUACAGCUGACGUGGUGCCUACUUUGUGAAAUUAAUAUGAUGAUUGUGCUUGAACCGUCAAGUUGAUAACAUGUCUCAA